CAUCGAGCUGCGUAUAAAAGCCUGCCUGGGGAGAAAAAACAGUUUUCCUAGACACUGACAAAGAACAAGGAGGACCGCGGCGUCAGAGGGACGCAGUUGUUAACCUCGUUUUUCGCUUCUGUUUGAGAAAAGGACGUUCAAUUGAUGAGAGGCAGAAGAGCGAGUAAACACAUUAAGAUUAAGGUUGGUGACUUCACGUGCACUUCUUGAGGAGCUGGCGUUGGCUUGUUGAGGUUAGGAAGACGGCAACAUGGCAGUCUCCACUCAGCUGGGUCUACUGCUAUGGAAGAACUUCACCUACAGACGAAGACAAACCAUCCAGCUGCUGAUUGAAAUCAUUUGGCCCUUAUUUAUCUUCUUCAUCCUGAUAUCAGUCCGGAUGUAUUAUCCUCCCUAUGAACAACAUGAAUGCCACUUUCCUAACAAGGCCAUGCCCUCAGCAGGUACCCUGCCCUGGGUACAAGGCAUUAUCUGUAAUGCCAACAAUCCCUGCUUUCGUAAUCCGACCCCUGGAGAAACUCCAGGCAUAGUUGGAAAUUUUAAUGACUCCAUAAUUUCCCGUCUGUUUAACGAUGCCAAGAAGAUUCUUCUGUACACCCAGAACGAUAAGAGCUACGAAGGCUACCGGGGAAUGCUGGGAGCCCUCAGAAAGCUUCAGAAGAACCCUGCUCGAUUCAAGCUGAAAGACUUCUUGAGAGACGACGAAACGCUUUCUCACUUCCUGCACCACAACGCAUCGCUCUCUCAUCACACGUUGAAGCAAAUUUUGGAGGCUGACGUCAAUUUGGAGAAGGUGCUCACAAAAGGUUUUGGAUUCCAUCUCAGAGAUCUUUGCAACGUAACACCGCUGGAGGAGUUUGUCCACAUUGCAGACCGUAACGUGUCCCACUUGACUCAAGAGAUCAUCUGCAAAUCAUCCAGUAACUGGCUGAACAAGGCUCAGAACCACUUCCUCUCCAAUUUGGACUUUCUGAAACCGAUUCGAAAGGAUGUGAGUUCAGACCCCAAAGCUGUCCAAGACGUCUCAGCUGCAACCAACAACCUCCUGGAGAGCCUCGGCGCACUUGGCAUUGAGCUUGCCAGCAUGAAGAGCUGGAAAGACAUGAGAAAGGAGAUCCUGUAUCUGACUGCAAACUCAACAGGAUCUCCGAAGCAGAUGUACCAGGCCGUGUCGCGUAUUGUUUGCGGACAUCCAGAGGGAGGCGGCCUGAAGAUCAAAUCCCUCAACUGGUACGAAGACAACAAUUACAAGGCUCUGUUCGGACACCACGGCAACGACAGUGACAGUGAGCCCAUGUCCACCUAUGACAACUCUUCAACUCCUUACUGUAACAACCUAAUGAAGAACCUGGAGUCCAGCCCCAUUUCCAGGAUGAUUUGGAGAGCCCUCAAACCUCUUCUAAUGGGGAAGAUCCUGUAUACCCCAGACACUCCAGCAACACAGAGGAUCAUUCACGAGGUUAACAAGACCUUCCAGGAGCUGGGGGUGCUGAGAGAUCUGGGCGGCAUGUGGGAAGAAAUGAAACCUAAAUUUUGGAGCUUCAUGGAGAACAGCGAAGAGAUGGACUUAGUCAGGUCCUUGCUCCAAAGCAAUACCAGCGCUGCUUUCCUGGACGCUCAGCUCAGUGAGACCGAGUGGAGUGUGUCCGACGUGGCGGACUUCCUCACAAAAGCCUCAGAGGACCGCAGACCUUCGGGGUCAGCUUACACAUGGAGGGAGGCGUUCAAUGAAACCGAUCGUGCCAUAAAGACUAUUUCACAGUUUAUGGAGUGUGUGAACUUGGACAAACUGGAGUCAGUCCCCAACGAGGAACGCUUGGUCAACAAGUCCAUGGGUCUUCUGGAUAACCAGAAGUUCUGGGCGGGAAUCGUGUUUCCCAACAUCGCUCCCAAUAGCACUGACCUGCCUCCCAACAUCAACUACAAAAUCCGCAUGGACAUCGAUAAUGUGGAGAGGACGAACAAGAUCAAAGACGGAUACUGGGAUCCUGGUCCCAGAGCGGACCCCUUUGAGGACCUGCGGUACGUCUGGGGCGGAUUUUCUUACCUGCAGGACGUCAUUGAGCAAGGAAUCAUCCGAGCCAUCACUGGUACUGAGGAGAAGACGGGCAUUUACAUCCAGCAGAUGCCCUACCCUUGCUAUGUUGAUGAUAUAUUCCUGCGAGUUAUGAGCCGGUCGAUGCCUCUCUUCAUGACUUUGGCCUGGAUGUACUCUGUGGCCAUCAUCAUCAAAGGCGUGGUGUAUGAGAAGGAGGCGCGACUGAAGGAGACCAUGAGGAUCAUGGGACUGAACAACGGCACCCUGUGGCUGAGCUGGUUCAUCAGCAGUUUAAUCCCACUGCUGAUCAGCGCCGGCUUACUGGUGAUGCUGCUGAAGAUGGGAAACCUAUUGCCGUACAGCGACUCAGGCGUUGUGUUUCUUUUCCUGGGAUCCUUCGGUGUUGUAACCAUCAUGCAGUGUUUUCUGAUCAGCACUCUGUUUUCACGUGCCAACCUGGCGGCGGCCUGUGGAGGAAUAAUAUACUUCACCCUCUACCUGCCCUACGUUCUGUGUGUUGCUUGGCAAGAUUACGUGGGAUUUGGAGCAAAACUUGUAGUGAGUCUUCUGUCCCCUGUGGCUUUUGGCUUCGGCUGUGAGUACUUUGCCCUGUUUGAGGAACAAGGUGUGGGAAUCCAGUGGUCUAACCUUCUAGCAAGCCCCCUGGAGGAGGACAGCUACAACCUGACCACCUCUAUAUGCCUCAUGCUGUUCGAUGCAGUGCUGUACGGAAUAAUGACUUGGUACAUUGAAGCCGUUUUUCCUGGUCAGUACGGGAUCCCCAGGCCUUGGUAUUUCCCUUUCACAAGAACAUAUUGGUGCGGAGAGAAGGAGAAUCAAAACAUUAAUACUCCUCUGUCAAAGAAGAGCAACGCUGACGCUGUGUGCUUCGAGGAGGACCCAAGCCACAUCGACCCGGGUGUUUACAUUGAAAACCUGGUGAAGAUCUACAGCCAUGGAAACAAGCUGGCUGUGGACGGAUUGACCCUUAAAUUCUAUGAAGGCCAGAUCACCUCCUUCCUCGGCCACAAUGGAGCUGGCAAGACUACAACCAUGUCAAUCCUGACUGGACUGUUCCCACCCACCUCUGGCACCGCCUACAUCCUCGGCAAGGACAUCCGCUCCGAGCUCAGCACCAUCCGGCAGAACCUGGGGGUCUGCCCCCAGCACAAUGUGCUUUUCAGCAUGUUGACCGUCGAGGAGCACAUCUGGUUCUACGCUCGCCUGAAGGGCCUGCCUGAAGAGAAAGUGAAGGCUGAAAUGGAACAGAUCGUCAACGAUGUCGGACUGCCACACAAGCGAAAGUCUCGCACCAGCACGCUGUCAGGUGGAAUGCAGAGGAAGUUGUCUGUAGCGCUGGCGUUUGUCGGAGGUUCUAAGGUUGUCAUUCUGGACGAGCCUACUGCUGGUGUUGAUCCGUACGCACGCAGGGGAAUCUGGGAUCUGCUCCUUAAAUACAGACAAGCCCGCACCAUCAUCCUUUCCACCCACCACAUGGAUGAGGCUGACAUCCUGGGCGACCGUAUUGCUAUCAUUUCCCAUGGCAAGCUGUGCUGCGUGGGCUCCUCUCUCUUCCUGAAGACUCACCUCGGAACCGGCUACUACCUGACGCUGGUCAAGAGAGACUACGACCUGUCUCUACAGUCCUGCAGGAAUUCUGCCAGCACCGUCUCCUACAUGAAGAAGACAGAGAAGGAGGACAGCGUAUCAGAGAGCAGUUCAGAUGCUGGUCUUGGCAGCGAACCUGAAAGUGAGACUACCACUAUUGAUGUCUCCCUCAUCUCCAGUGUGAUUUUCAAACACGUCUCAGAGGCUCGUCUGGUGGAAGAUCUCGGCCAUGAGAUCACCUACGUCUUGCCAUACCAGUCGGCUAAAGACGGCGCCUUUGUUGAGCUUUUCCAUGAGCUUGAUGAUCGACUUACUGACUUAGGAAUUUCAAGUUACGGAAUUUCUGACACCACCUUGGAAGAGAUUUUCCUGAAAGUGGCAGAAGAUAGCGGUGUUGAUUCUGUUGAGCUUUCAGAUGGAGUCGUACCAACCAGAACCCGACGGCGACAUGCAUUUGGGGACCACCAGAGCUGCCUGAAGCCCUUCACCGAGGAUGACUUUGACUUCAAUGACUCUGAAGGUGACCCAGAAUCUCGUGAGACUGACUGGCUCGGUGGAACAGAUGGCAAAGGUUCAUAUCAGGUCAAAGGCUGGAGUCUGAAGAGACAGCAGUUUGUUGCGCUCCUGUGGAAACGGUUCCUCUACGCUCGCCGCUCUAGGAAAGGCUUUUUCGCUCAGAUUGUUCUGCCAGCAGUGUUUGUGUGCAUUGCACUGGUCUUCAGCCUCAUUGUUCCUCCGUUCGGGAAAUACCCGAGUCUGGCUCUGCAUCCCAGCAUGUAUGGAGAGCAGUUUAGCUUCAUCAGUAAUGACAUACCCGAAGAACCCCACAACAACAAACUGCUGGGAGCUUUGAUGGACAAACCAGGAUUUGGAACCCAAUGCAUGGAAGGAGAGCCCAUACCGGACACUCCCUGUGUGGAGGUGAAGGAUGAUUGGACGCUCCCUCAGGUUCCUCAAAGUGUCAGUGAUAUAUUCGACAAAGGCAACUGGACCAUGGAAAACCCGUCUCCACUGUGUGAGUGCAGCUGUGAAGGCCGUAAGAGGAUGCUGCCUGAGUGUCCUGCUGGGGCCGGUGGACUUCCACCGCCACAGAUGAUGAUCAGUGACAAAGACACACUGCAGAAUUUGACUGGUAGAAACGUGUCGGACUACCUGGUCAAAACCUACGCUCAGAUCAUCGGCAAGAGCUUGAAUAACAAGAUCUGGGUCAAUGAGUUCAGAUACGGUGGAUUCUCUCUGGGCGCCCGAGGUUCCCAUGUUUUGUCCCACACAGGUGAUAUUGAUGAAGCUAUUGUGCAACUCAGGCAACUCUUCCAACUUGAACAGGGAACGGCAGCCCAUCGUUUUUUCAGCAGUCUCUCUGGUUUUAUCCAAGGAUUGGACACAAAGAAUAACGUGAAGAUUUGGUUUAACAACAAGGGCUGGCACAGCAUUGGCUCCUUCCUCAACGUGAUGAACAACGCCAUUCUGCGGUCGAGUCUCAAACCUGGUCAAGACCCGACAAAGUUUGGCAUCACCGCUUACAACCAUCCACUAAACCUCACCAAGGAGCAGCUCUCACAAGUUGCAUUGAUGACGACAUCUGUGGACGUGUUGGUGUCCAUUUGCGUCAUCUUCGCCAUGUCCUUUGUCCCUGCCAGUUUUGUGGUCUUCCUCAUCCAGGAGAGAGUAACAAAGGCCAAACAUAUGCAGUUCAUCAGUGGUGUGCAGCCCUUGCUUUACUGGCUGGCCAACUUUAUUUGGGAUAUGUGCAACUACAUCGUUCCAGCUGCGCUAGUGAUCAUCAUAUUUGUCUGUUUCCAACAAGAAGCCUACGUUUCUUCCACCAAUCUACCAGUACUGGCUCUGCUGCUUCUCCUCUAUGGGUGGUCAAUCACCCCUCUGAUGUACCCAGCCUCUUUCUUCUUUAAGAUCCCCAGCACUGCCUACGUAGUUCUAACCAGUGUCAACAUACUGAUUGGAAUCAAUGGCAGUGUGUCCACGUUUGUCCUGGAGUUGUUUGGAAGUAAUGAGAUCGGUGGUAUUAAUGACAUCUUGAAGAAUGUAUUCCUCAUCUUCCCUCACUUCUGCCUGGGUAGAGGACUGAUUGACAUGGUGAAGAAUCAAGCCAUGGCUGAUGCUUUGGAGAGAUUUGGUGAAAACCGGUUUCGCUCUCCUCUGGCAUGGGACAUGGUGGGGAAGAACCUGUUCGCCAUGGCUAUAGAGGGAGUUAUUUUCUUCUGCAUCACUGUCCUCAUUCAGUACCGCUUCUGCUUUAAAGCCAGAUCCUCCACCGGCCAUCUGAAACCAAUUGGAGAAGAGGAUGAAGAUGUUGCCAGAGAGCGACAGAGGAUCCUGAGCGGCGGUGGACAGUUGGACAUUCUUGAGCUGAGGCAGCUCACCAAGAUUUACAAGCGGAAACAGAAGCCGGCCGUGGACCGGCUGUGUGUUGGCAUCCCUCCCGGAGAGUGUUUUGGUUUGCUUGGGGUCAACGGAGCAGGAAAGACCAGCACCUUCAAAAUGUUGACUGGAGACUCAGAUGUGACCAGCGGUGAGGCCUACUUAGCUGGCAAGAGUGUAAACACAGAAAUAAACGAGGUGCAUCAGAACAUGGGCUACUGUCCUCAGUUUGAUGCCAUCAAUGACCUUCUGACUGGAAGAGAGCACCUCGAGUUCUACGCCAUCUUGAGAGGAGUACCUGAGAAGGAAGUCUGCGAGGUGGCAGAGUGGGGGAUACGGAAACUGGGAUUGAUCAAGUAUGUGGACAAAGCAGCAGGGAGCUAUAGUGGAGGAAACAUGAGGAAACUCUCCACUGCCAUUGCACUCAUAGGAGGACCCCCUGUUGUGUUUUUGGAUGAACCAACAACAGGAAUGGACCCUAAGGCACGUCGGGCCCUCUGGAACGCCAUCCUGAGCAUCAUCAAAGAGGGACGUUCCGUGGUCCUCACCUCCCACAGUAUGGAGGAGUGUGAAGCACUCUGUACCAGAAUGGCUAUCAUGGUGAACGGCAGGUUCCGCUGUCUGGGCAGUGUGCAGCACCUUAAAAAUCGGUUCGGAGACGGCUACACCAUCAUCUUGCGCGUGGCGGGACCGGACCCGGACCUACGGCUGGUGAUGGAGUUCAUAGAGCGGGAAUUGCCGGGGAGCACGUUGAAGGAGAAACACCGCAACAUGCUGCAGUACCAGCUCCCCUCUUCGCUCACCUCCCUCGCCCGAAUCUUCUCCCUUCUCUCCAAAAACAAGGAGGCACUCAGCAUAGAGGACUACUCUGUCUCUCAGACUACUUUAGACCAAGUGUUUGUUAAUUUCGCCAAGGACCAAAGUGACGAGGACCACUUGAAAGACAUCCACCUGAGCAAGCGGGAUGCAGUCGUGGUGGACCUUUCUCAAUUGAACUCUUUCCUCACGGACAGCAAAACAAGAGAGAGCUGCGUCUGAUUUCUGAAUCAUGCUUCAUCCUCUCUCCCUGCUAAAAAAAAAAAACGUGGACCACUCACUUGUGGGGGAGACGACCUAUGGUCAUUUUUUUUUAUUUCUAUUUUUUAGUCUUUUUUAAUUGUCAUCGUGUUUCAGUGAACCUGCGUCUCAUCGCACAGCCUCCGAUGGAGGCAACGACGGCAGGUUUCGUGACAGACGCUGAAACGAUGAAAACUCAAUGCAAAUCAAUGCAAGUCAAAUAAACGUAUAUUUAAGAUUAGAAGGUAGCUGUGUAGAGGUUGGAGACUGGUGCUUCUCCUCUUCACGACGUGGACAGGAAGAAAAAAAGACACUUGAAGCGACGGCAGAAUCUGAAUUUCUCAGUUCGACUGGAAAGUCCAGGUUACUGACUUCAUGGAUAAGACACUUUGGUAGGGGAUAACGCGAAACGAAAUCUGGAAGGUUUUCGUCCCCAUUCCUCGGAGCAGACGGCAGCAGUCUGCGGGACUGCCUGUAAGCAAGCGACAGCAGAGUUUAUGACGUUGUAAAAACAAAGUCAUUCGAAUCAUUCACUGCCAGCUCUUGAAAGAUGGACUGACUAUUUUUUUUUUAUUCAGGGUCAAACCUUUUCUCGAUUUCUAUUCGUUACCAAGCCAGUUGUUUUAUAAUCCAAGAGAUGGUUGAAGAUAAGCAUCUAAAAAUCCCGUUUUAGUCUCAAAUGUGCAAUCAUCUGUGUUUUAACCUUUGCUAAUCUGAAAAAAGAAAAAUUCUUUUAGGCAGGCAUGGUUAAGUUGUUUUUCAUGGUUGUCUAAUAAUUCAAACUGCUAACCAAUGUGGGGUUUUUUAAUGUAUUUGGUGUCCUUAACAUUGUCCAGCACAGUGCCUAAUCUGGUGGAGCGUCAAGCUUGAGCACUCCAUUAAAAACAACAAUGUAUGUAGGCUGCCAAGGAAUGUAUAAGACCAAUACCAACAUGCAACAAAGCAUAAAGAAAAUAGUUUUAUUAUAGGUUAUUGUGAAAUGAUGUGUGGGGGGGGGGGUUCAACUGUUGUCCUUCAUUGUCAGAAUCAAAACAAAAAAAAAAUAGUGGUUCCCUUAUGUCUGGUUAAGACGUGCAUUCUGCUCUUCUGGCUUUACGCAUCCUGCCCUCUCUCUUUUUUUUUGCACGGCCACAAGGUGGAGUCAUCAGCAGCUCUAUUUGUGUGAACCUUAGAUCUGAAAUAUGUAAAUGUUUUUGGUUGUGGCCUUCCAGAGGGUAUGAUGGGAGCACUUCAGAUCUGAGCCUGUGCUGCAUGGAUAAUAUGUACAGUUGCAAUUUUUUGAUGUUAACACUGGAGUGAACUAACUAACUGUCUGUGUGCCAAACAAAGCUGAACUUUAAACACUGACCGAUCAGCAAAAGGAAGCGAGUGUUUUAUAACGUUUAUCCAUCAGGUCAGUUUGAAAUAUAUUCCUCUUUCUCUUAUCAGCCAGGGUUGUUGUAUAAAAAAAAGGUGUGCACUCUCCUUCUUUUCUUAACUAGACUGCAAGUUACAUUCAUCCUGUGGAAAAAUUGCCAAAGUCUGCCCACAUCUAUUAACUGCAACUGAGGAUGAGACCGUUGUUUUUAGCAGCUAAUCAACCAGCCAGACUAAAAACGAGGACCAUGUAAAUUAAAAUUGUGCUUUUAAUACUUUAUAGUUAAAAAGAAUCAUCCAGGAUUUUAACUGAUUACAGGUGCUCUGUCUUGUAUAAAAUCUUGGAAGGGGUUUCAAUUAUCUCUGGGAUCUGCUAACUAAAACUGAGGACUUUAUUCUCUUCCUUGAAACCUCUGAUUUUUAAAGAAUUUGAGCACUUUACAGGCUUAGCAGGCCUUUGUUUUCAUUUUUUUUAGACUUAGAGAUGUAAAAAGAAAAAUCUCUCCACUGGAAAACAGAUGCGACAAACAAUAAAGCUACGCCACCGCAGUGAAAAGUUUGCUAGAAACUUGAACUAGAGAACAAAGGCUUGUGUAUUUAAGAGAAAUGUGAUGAAAAUAAGUGAAGAAGUUGAGAAAGAGAAAUAGUUGUGAGAAAUUCAGGACAGAAUGAGGGUGGUGAUUCUUCUCUUUUCAUUCUCAAUAUUAUUCUUUGUUUACAUUUUUAAGUAUUACAGCUGUUUGAGUCUGUUACCCAUUGUGAAUAGUUAUUCUUUACAUUAAUAAAAAAAAAAAUCAUAUGUUUUGACAACAAA